AUUGAAGGGGAAUAUUUAGUGUACCUGCAGAAGGUAAAUUACUUGCAUGCUUAAUGUGUACAAAUUAGAUUUGAGCUACGAAGUGGAAGCUUUUCAUUGUAAACGACUAAACUUUUGGUUCAGCUCCCACACAAAGCUAGCAUAUGACUUCAGAGGGUUUGAACCAUAGCAUUGAAAUCACAGAGAAUAAAGUUAAGCAACUUAUGGAAAUGUUAUGUUAUGAGAAAAAGGGAACAUGAAAAUGUACAUUUGCGCUUGCAAGCCAAAGAAACUUCUUUUAAAAGCUAAAAACGAAUGUAAUCUCAUGCAGUUGUUGUACCUCACUCUCACUGUAGAAAUAAGUGAGCUAGAAGGAAGCAGCUUUAAGAGGAAGAAUGUUUUCCUAUUAUUGACACACCUUUUUUGGUUAGUAAUUUACAAUGCAAAGUUGUUUCAAUACAAAACCAAGUUAUUGUUCAAAAGAAAAGCAGUUGGAUGCUCUGAGUUAUAAACUCUUGGGUCACCAGGUGAUAUUUUAUAUACACCUGACUGAUGAGUGUUUCCGCUGCUUAUAAAGCAAAGUUGUGCCAUUGGCUGCUUAUUACACAUACAGAGAGUGGACAGAGAGUCCGCUAACACUCAGACACAAGGAGAACCCUCUGGCAGUCAGCAGAUCUAAGUUUGAGAUUCAAGUUCUAGUGUUUUUUGGAUUGCGUUUUGCAGUUCAAAUAAAGCCAAAGGCAAACGAUGCAGACAGCAGAUACGACAUAUGACAGUCUUUCUCAGCUGAACUAUGGUUUCCAACAUGAAGAGCAGCAGGCCCAUCCAUAUCUGCCUCCUUCUGGAAUAUAUCCAGCUUUACCUCAGUACCCCGGUCCCCAAAACCCACAACAUCUAUACCAGAAUUCAGAGAAAUACUCGCCUGCUCAGAACCUCCAUCAGUAUACGCCUCAAGCUGCACCUGUUAAUACACACCACACGUUCACAUCUGGACUCUACCUUGAUGUUAAUCCGGUUCACAAAUCUUCCAGGAGAAAAAAAUGGCCAUUUAUUCUUGGCAUAGUCAUCACCCUGCUGGUCGUUGCUGGGGUCAUAGCUGCGGUGCUUUGGUUUUAUGGUCUGUUUGAUUGUUUGCUAGGAUCUCGCUGUCAGACAGAUAACAAACAUGUCAGUCUUUCGCAGUGGUGUGACGGCAUGGAGAACUGUCCUUUGGGAGACGAUGAAAUUCGUCUGUUUGGAUCUAAUUUCCUUCUUCAGAUGUAUUCAAAUGUGACCCGAAAAUGGGAGAAUGUGUGUUCAGAUAGAUGGAAUGACAGCCUCGGACAGCAAGCGUGUGAGAUGAUGGGAUACGAGAGGAGCACUUAUGUGGGUUAUGAGGAGAUUGACUACAUGCUGGUGAAGACCGAUUCUCUCAGCUCUUCCAAUCUGACAGGUUUUCUCAGUAAAACUUCAGACUGUCCAUCUAACAAAGCAGUGGCACUCAAAUGUAUAGAUUGCGGACGGAACAUCGGGACCCGAAUCGUGGGAGGAACCACGGUGACCUCUAAGGGGGUGUGGCCAUGGCAGGUCAGCCUGCAAAUUUCCGGAGUGCAUUUGUGUGGCGGGUCUGUCAUUACACCUUACUGGAUCGUCACUGCGGCUCACUGUGUGCAUGAGAGAUCAGAUGCAAGGGUCUGGACUGUGUAUGCUGGAUAUCUGAAUCUUCCCGAGAUGCUGUCGGCCACCGGCAGUUCUGUCAGCCGAAUUAUCAUGCACAACUAUGACCCAGUAACCGAUGAGAAUGACAUUGCCUUGAUGAAGCUAAGCAGUCCUCUCACGAUUACAUCGAACGUCAGGCCAGUGUGUCUACCCAAUAAAGGCAUGUACUUCACUGCUCCACGGGAUUGUUAUGUCACUGGAUGGGGGUCACUGUUUAGUGGAGGAUCUUCCUCACAAACCCUACAAGAAGCCAAAAUCCAGCUAAUCGACAGAACGACUUGCAACAGCCGAGCAGUGUAUAACGGACAAAUCACAGACACCAUGAUCUGUGCUGGCAAGCUGGAGGGUGGCGUGGACUCCUGUCAGGGGGACAGUGGGGGUCCUCUGGUCACAAAAGAGAAUUCUCUAUGGUGGCUGGUUGGGGACACUAGCUGGGGUGAUGGAUGUGCUUUCAGAAACAAGCCCGGAGUCUACGGAAAUGUGACCUACUUCCUUGACUGGAUACAUGAACAAAUGCGGAAAUAUUAACUUUUUAAUAUAAGGUUUUUUGAGAAGAGCAACUGAUCCAAAUCGCUGGAACUGUGACAGUGUACAUUUAUUUUUUUGCUUUCAUAUUAAUGUUAUCACAUAAAUCUAAAAUAAGCACUUAUUUAUUUUCACCAGUGUUCGUAAUGAAGUGAAUUGCACAUUAAGCUACAAUAUGCACUUUUCUUUCUUUUUUUGUUGUUGUAUGUUUUGUGUAAAGAGAACAAUUGUACAAAUGAUUUUAUUAAAAUAAUAGUAAAAUAACAAAAAAGAACCUACCUGACAAUCUCACUCCACUGACAUGUUUCUGUUCUCUGGCUGUCUUUGUCACCACAGCAGCUCACAUUUACAUUAUUACAGUAUUUGAUAACAGGGUGUGACAGACAAUAUAACCAUUGUCCUCAGAACUGUGAACAGACACGGUCAUGAAAAAAGUCUUGAAAAAACGGUCAUUUGACGGUCAUGAAAAAAUAUUUUAUUUUAAAAUGUACAUGAAUGUCUGACUGAACACUAUUUCUUUUUUCACGUUUAAUUGCCUUUUUGUCUUCUCAUUAAAUUAAUUUGUGUAAAUAUACAUAUUUAAUGUCGUCUCUGACAAAAAAGCAGCAUGCCUAAUAAGUUAAAAAGGAAAAUUCUCUUUAAAAGAGUGGAAUCGAAUGCUAAACGGAAUACUACACAUCAAAUUUCUAAUACAUUUUUAUCUCAAUUACCCAUGUUCAGUCUUAAUAAAAUCUCUGCCACAUAUUUCAUUCUACAUUUUAUUACACAUUUUAUGACUUGAACUUCAUUAUAUUUUAUAUAAGAUUUUGUAUGUGUUAAAUAUGAAAUUGUAAUAGAAUACUGAAUAUGAGCUUGGAUAUUGUGAUACUGUAUACAUGUGCAUCUAAAGUUUGAAUAUUGUGAACAUAUAUAUAUUUAUGUUAUUUCAAAAAGUGACAUUUUCAUAUAUUCUAGAUUCAUUACAUGUAAAAUAAAACAUUUAAAAAGUU